GACAGGGAGAAAAGGAGAGAGAGAGAGAGAACAUAUUAACACCCCCACUUUAAGGCUAGCGGCAGUUAAUUUCUGACCUCAGCACUGUGGUACUGAAUCAAAUAAUUGCACUCUUUCUAUCCCACCAACUCUUAUUUUUUCCUCUUCUUUCUCUCUCUUCCCGCUCUCUCUCCUUCCCUCUCUGCCCCAUGCAUAUUCAUCUAUUUGCCCCUCCAUCAAUCUGAUAUCUAUCUAUAUUACACCAUAUAUACCCCUCUCCUCUCUCCUUCUGCCUCUCACUAAUAUAUUUCCAUCCCAUUCUCUGUCCAUCCCUUUCUCUGUCUCUCUCUCUCCCCACCUCCCUUUCAUAUAUUGUCUGUCUGUCUAUCUUCCACUCCGCGCUCUCUCCCCACACAUUUCUAUCUUUGCAUCCAUCCUCUAUCUACUUUCUCUCUCUCCAUGUUUCCAGGGCUGUUGGAAUAAAAAAAAAAGGGGGGGGGGAAUCAAAUGAUACAUGAAAAGAGAGUUCAAUGGGACACAGAUAAUGGUAUCUGCUGUUGAUCUCCUUUUGGACCACUUGUUUGAAAUGCAGUUGAACAGGACUUGCAAGAUCAUAAUAGAGUAAUAAGGGAUAUGUGCAUGGAGGUGGGGAGAAGAAUCCAACUGCACCCAGAGAGUAAAUGGGGGAAAAGAAAUAUCCUGCAAUAUUGGGGCAGGACUCAAGUUUUGGGGUUUGGCUGGCUCUAGCUGUGACUCACAGCUCAUCCACACAACAGUUUCUCCAAGGGCUGAUUUGAUGCAGAAGCACCAAACUGGAAGUAUGGCGGAUGGGGUUCAGUGAGGGUUAGUAGUAGCAGGAGAAAGAGGUACCAACUAGUCUGUAGCAUCCCUCCACUCCAGAGGGUUGAAGCCACUUCGGAAAAGUGGUCCUCUAGUUAGACAGGUCUGGCAGGGUUUUUCCCCCCAGCGUUGUUGCAAAAUCCUACCAAACCCUUUUGGCCAGUGGCAGCAGGGUGGGUGCAGGAGAAAUUUGUGUGUCGAUGACAGGCAACGAAGCCUUUAGCGAUCCAUGUUGGUGAACUCCCUUUUGAAACUAUUGUCUGUCUCAAAUCUUGCCACCCUGCCAGUUCCGAGGAAGCAGCGCUGGCUGGGGUUGAGACCCCAACUGCGGCUUACACAGACCUGACAUUGUUGGGGGAGUGGGAGAGAAGGAGGUUGGGGGAAAAUAAGGAAACCAACAUCGUCUAGAGAAGCAACAUCUGAAUGCAUGUGCAUUAAAAUGUGCCAAGUCCUUCAAUGGGUGAUAAGGCCUGGGUGGGGAGAGAAGCACGGUGUGAUCCUGAGCCAGGAACCAAAGUGAUCACAGAAGAGGUCGCUUUCUCACACACGUCCCUCCCCAAAGCCUUAUAGAGAGAGACUAGGGGAUGAACAGACAGGUGCCUCUGCUUUCCCCCUUGAAGGAAAGUAAAAGAAAGUGAGUCUCCUGGAGAGAAGUCAAAGAGUUAUUACAGAAACUCUCUUGGCCUCAUUAUAUAUCCCAUGGGCUAUUUUUGGGGGGUGGGGAAGGUCACCCCUUUAUUAUUACAGUGCCUAGUAGUAAUUAUCUGUGUAAAUCUCUCUUCUUCUAAUAAUAAACCUGGAAGGGGCUGUGAGCGCUGAGUGCCUGGUUUGGGGCCACACACACACACACACACACAUUAAUUUAAGUAAGGGGAUGGAGGAGCCUUAUGAAGCUGAUUAAGGGGUUUAUUUUUAGCCCUGGAAAAAGAGGGAUAGUGGAAGUGUCAGGUGUAGGGUGUGUGUUAAUUUUUUAUUUUUUUUUAGAAAGAAGGCAAGCGAAGGAAGAUUAUUUGCUUGAGGGGGGGUGUCAAUAAUUCAUCCAUACUCUCUUUCCCCUCCCCCCUUUCAACACCCACACUAAGCUUGUACCUAAGGAAUAAUUGCUUUUGUCUGGGUGGACUGUAUUUGUGCAAAGAGUGAAGAAGGAAGGGGGGGGGAGAUGUUGGUAGCGGAGCCCCCCGCGGGGGGGAUUGCGAGGGACGGCAAGUCGCUGGCUCGGAUGUCAUUUGUCAAAGCGGGGUGGUUGGAAGGAGAGAGGGGAGGUAGAAGCAAGGGGGGGGGAGAUAACGGGGAAGACAAUAAAGUGGGAAUCGUAGGCUGUGUGUGUGUGUGUGAUGGAAAAGGGGGGCGAGGUGAAGUGGGGGGGAGAGAAAGAUUCGGACGGAGCUAAGGGGCCCCCGUUGAUUUAGUGAAAAGGGGCAACACACAGGCACUGUCGGGGGGGGGCACGCAGUGUUUUACACACACACACACACACACACACACACACACACACUUGCACGCACUCGCACCCCCUUUUCCUUUUCUGAAAAAGCCUUAAAACGAUGCACACUGUCCGGCUGUAGUGCCCAAACCUCACACGUCUUUGCAGCACGGAGAAACACACACGCACUUGCCCGUGCACACACCCAUGCACGCACGUGUGUAAGUGCAGAAAGCGGAGCAGUGUGUGUCGAGGGGGGGGGGGAAGAGAGAGAGAGAGAGAGAAGAGAGAGAUUUCCACUCCCCCCCACCCUGGGUUGAUUGUCAUCCUCGGUCGAUCGUCACCUGUCCAGCGUGUGUGUGUGUAUGUGUCCCCCCCCCCACUUCGCCCGCCCGCCACCCCUUUCUCUCCACUCACCCACCCACCCUUUUAUAUAUAUAUUUAUAUUUUUUUCCCUCCGUGGGGUUAUGCGGAGUGUCACUCACAGGUCCCCGACAUGUUCAUCCCACUGCCGGUCCCCUUGGUCUUCCAAAGAUCCGCCGGCCCGGAGAACGGAUGGCGCCUCAAGUCGCCGCUCGCCCUGCGCUCUGCAAACGAAGUAAGAAUGUCUAAGCCCCUGGAGCUGGAGAAGGCGCGGCUGGAGCUGCAAGAGGAGCACACAGAUACAGAAAGAAAUGGACCUGACACAAACCACCAGACCCAGCAGAGCAAACCUUCCCCGUUCUCCCCAUCCCCAACCAGCACCGGCACCAAGAUCAAAGCUGAAGACCCAACAGAAAUUCCUCCAGCUCCAGCCCCAGUCCCGGCUCCCCCAGCUCAGCAGACACACCUGCCCCAGGCCCAGCUUAUGUUAGCUGGCAGCCAGCUGGCUGGGCUGACGGCCCUGAUGCCUGCCCAACAGCAGCUGCUUCUGCAGCAGGCCCAAGCGCAGCUCCUGGCAGCCGCCGUGCAGCAGUCCAAUGCCGCAGCUGCCGCAGCCUCCUCUCAGCAGCCUGGGGCUGAGCUGACGGCGCCACAGAACCAGCCCCAGACGCCACAGCUUGCCCUGUCGCAGCCAAUCCAGCUCACUGCACAGGACAUCCAGCAGCUGCUCCAGCUCCAGCAGUUAGUCCUCGUCCCAGGGCACCACCUCCAGCCGCCUGCACAGUUCCUGCUGCCACAGGCCCAGCAGGGACAGCAAGGGCUGCUCCCGACACCAAAUCUCUUUCAGCUACCUCAGCAAAACCCAGGGAGCCUCCUGCCGAACCAGCCUCGUGCAGGACUCCCAGCACAGCAAGUGACUCGGCCUGGCCUCCCCGAGUCCCACCUCACUCACUCACAGCCACCCAAAUGCCUGGAGACCCCUUCACACCCUGAGGAGCCCAGCGACUUGGAGGAGCUGGAGCAGUUUGCCCGCACCUUCAAGCAGCGGCGUAUCAAGCUGGGCUUCACACAGGGUGAUGUGGGGCUGGCCAUGGGGAAGCUUUAUGGGAAUGACUUCAGCCAGACAACCAUCUCGCGCUUUGAGGCACUCAAUCUCAGCUUUAAGAACAUGUGCAAACUCAAACCUCUACUGGAGAAAUGGCUCAAUGACGCUGAGACAAUGUCUGUGGACUCCACACUUCCCAGCCCCAACCAGCUGAGCAGUCCCAACAUGGGCUUUGAUGGGCUGCCAGGCCGGCGCCGCAAGAAACGGACCAGCAUUGAGACCAAUGUCCGCUUCGCAUUGGAAAAAAGCUUUCUCGCGAACCAGAAGCCUACCUCAGAGGAGAUCCUACUUAUUGCCGAGCAACUGAACAUGGAGAAGGAGGUGAUUCGCGUCUGGUUCUGCAACCGCCGCCAGAAAGAGAAGCGGAUUAACCCUUGCAGCUCUGCUCCCAUGUUGCCUGCCCAGGGCAAGCCUCCUGGCUACAGCCCUCACAUGGUGACCAGCCCAGGCACCGGCACAAGUCUGCCCCUCUCCCAGGCUUCCAGUAGUCUGAGCACAACAGUUACUACCUUGUCCCCCACAGUCUGCUCCCUGACCCCCAGUCGGACAGCGGUGGGAGCAGGGGGCACCACCCUCAACUCGGUCACGCCACCCCCAAGCAACAGCACAAACCCCAGCCCCCAGAGCAGCAGUCACCCAGCUAUCAGCUUGCAAGGCCUGAAUCCCAGUACGGGAAGCACAGUGCUAGGGGUGAAUGCAGGGUUAAACCCAGCGCUAAUGGCCACCAACCCGCUGGCCACCAUACAAGCAUUGGCCAGUGGUGGAAGCCUGCCAAUUACCAGCCUUGAUGCCAGUGGUAACUUGGUCUUCAGUACCAGCGGAGGCACGACUGGAAGCCAGAGCAUCGUGACUUCGUCGCUCUUCCUCAACCAUGCAGGCCUGCCCUUGCUGAGUGCUGCCCCGGGAGGCGUGGGGCUGGUGUCGGCGGCGGCGGCUGCAGUGGCUGCCUCCAUGCCCAGCAAGUCGCCCACCCUGACCUCCUCCUCUUCUUCCUCCUCUUCCUCCUCCUCCUGUUCCUCAUGCAGCUCCUCCAGCGAAGUGGCGCAGACUCUGGGGCAGGCUGGUCCCGGAUCCACCGAGCCGGAUGCCAAGACGGAAUGAGGGCUGAGGGGGGAGCAUCCUCCCCGCCUUCUCGACACGUGGGGGUAGUAAGGAGCGGACGUACAAACCGACGAGUGAAACCAAAAAAAAGAAACCAAACAAAGAAUUGUCAGCAACAGCCAAACGAAAAACCAACCAAAAAAUAACCCAAAGCAACCAAACAAGCAAAGCAAAAAGGGACAAAGGAAGAAACCAAAAAGAAUUCCCCAAACUUUUAGCGUUUAUUUUUUUUCCUUUUUUCUUUUUCCCCUCCGAUGUUCAGGACAAAAUGCCUUGCAAAAGGUGACUUUGUCAAUUGUUUGCUUGAAUUAUUUUCAUUGAUUUCUCUUUAUUUCUUAUUCGCUAGUUUCCUGGACAGUUUCAGAAAGGAAACAAAUAAAUGGGGAUCGGUUGUUCUUUUUUUUUUUUUUUUUUUGUAAGAAAAAGAAAAAAAGAAAAAACACAUUUAAAAUCCUUAAGGGGAAAAUGAAUCUCACACCAAAAAUCACCAGUCCUAGCUUCACCCAAAGCUUUUUACAGACUUUUCUAACUUCUGUGUCUGGUCGAAUGUCUUUCAAAACUCUUAUUUAUUCUUAUUUAUUCUUUUACUUUUCUUUGGGAUCCAGAAAGGGUUGGACAGGGUGGGGGUAUAUUGGUUUGAUUUCAGGAUCUUGCUAUAAAUAUUUUCCUUUUCCUUUUUAAAAUGCUAAAAUAGUAUCCUUUUCUGCUCUGUUUUUUGGAACAAACUUUAUAGUUUAGAGGGAUUCUCAUGAGAUACGAAGGCUAGGACUUUCAAAAGGCAAUAAUGAGAAUUAGGUACCAACUUCCCAUGAUGGUUUCCUAACUGAUGUCCUGCAAUGAUUAUUAUUAUUUUGCAUCUCUGCUUCUACCUGACUCAGCCUUGCAAUGAACUAAAAAAACACACCCAAGAACCUCUAGACCACAGCAUCCUUGGACCAGCUUGCUUGCCAAUGCAUUCCUAUAUAUAUAGCCAUUUCUGGCUUGAAAGGAGAGCUGCUGGUGGUGGGGAAACUUUUCCCUGUCUAGUUCCUUACCUCUGAUUCUGAUUCAUCAUAAGGCCAGAGUAUCUAGUGCCUGGGUGAGAACUCUGUGCCCCUUCAGAGGUUUGCUGUACUACAUCUCCCAUCAUCCCUGAGCAUUGGCCAUGCUUGCUGGAGCUGGAGUCCAGGAACAUUUGAAAGGCCACAGUUUCCCCAUCCUGAUCUAGUGUAUCGAAUGCAGAUGGAGGAGCCCUCUCCCUGUUACCCCACUGAGGACGGAAUUAAUUGCAUCCAUUCAGGAGUAAGCUUAUUAGUAACACCUGGGUUACUCACAGGGUACAAAAUGUAAAUACUCAUGUCUUUGCAAGACAGGAAGCCUUAUUGAAAGUCUCAGCCUUCAACUGUUUCAGGAUGGGCAGCACUAAACGUGUACGUUUUGUUUUAUCGGCUUUUUCUUUCUUUCGCCAGUGUUCAAUUUUUCUGUAGCUUUUCUUUUCUAAAUUGAUUUUUGCCUGGGGUUAGUAUCAGGGGUUAUUUUUCUGAAAACAGGGGAUGUGUAAUUUUUAUUCUUAUUCUUUUUAUUUUUAUAUCUGUGUUCUGAAAAAAAUAAUAAUACUCAUAUUCCAGUGCCUGACAAAAACCAAAACAAAACAAAAAAAACGGGAAUUUCAGCAUUCUUUACAUUUUCCAGAAAAAAACCAAAAAUUGAUAGACAUCACUACAGAAAACAACAAGAUGAAGACCACUGGGGAAUAAAAAUGAAACCACAGAAGAGGGAUAAAAAUCCCCCCUUUUAUGUGGCUCACAGAGACUCGGAGGCGAGAGACAAAACUUUUAACCAAAAAGAAGCAACCAAGUGAACAAAGGAAGCGUACAAAAAAAAACCCCACCACACAAAAAACUUUUAAUUGAAGAAGAAAGGAUGAAAAAAAUACAUGGGAAUAAAUGGGAAAUCUUUACUUUCUCUGGUUAGACAAAUGGCUCAACCGUCUUUCUCUGUCCUGAAAAAAAAAAUACCUCAUGGAAAGGUGCGUUGAGAAGCCAAGAUUUUAUAAGUGGCAAAGAGACAAAAUAAAUAAAAGUAAAACAAACCAAAUCAAUGGAAGUUGGGAGGGUGAGAUCAGAGGAUCCUGAAACUUCCUCCCAGAAGUCUAGAAAGCUUUAAAAAUGGCUUCUCAAAACGCUCUUUUUGUUUUUUUGUUUUUAAACUUUUAUUUUGUACAUUUUUUGUUUGUUUCCUUUAUUUUAUUUUUUAAAAAACUGGUUGGUAUGGGAUUUUAUUUCUAAAUGUGUUUGAGGGGUGUGUUUUUUUUAGUCAAUGUUUUGGGGGCUCUUUGAAUGUUCGUCUUUUACUUUCAACUCCUGCGAACCAAAGUCUUGCUGUUGCAGAGAAGGAAGUUAGCCAUGGCAUACUGCGAUCUGGUAGAAAAUAAAAAACCAAACAAAAGGACAGAGCGGAAAACAGAUAAACAAGCAAACAAACAAAAAAAAAGAACUUUGAAACCUUUCUUAAAGGGAAAAAAAAACCCUCGACCUCAUUUUAUCUCCUGCUUUUGCUGUGUUAUAGCGUUCAGGUGGGUUUGAGAUAACAAAAGAAAAAAAAUACUGUGAAACUUUCCAAAAAUGAAACAAACAAACAAAAAACAGGAAACACCUAGUUUUAAAAGACUUGAAAAAAAGGUUUUUCAUCCCAUUAUGUGCGUGAGUGAGAGAGAACCGGCGAGUAUUUAUCUGUCUCUUUUAAGAUUCCAAUCAUGCUAUUAUGGUGGACAUCUGGGGAAAAAAGAAGGAAAAACAUUUGGGGAGUCCAAUUUCUCUCUCUCUCUCUCAUGUGCUACUGAACGUGUUACUAGGUGGAAUGUAACUGUUUUAGUGAUAUUUGUUACUCUUUUUCUUUCUUUUUUUCUUUUUUGGGGAAAAAAAUUCUUUUGGGGGGUAUCUUCUAUUUUUUUUUUAUAGAGAAAAUUCUAUGUUCCGCUUUAUCGCUUCUUACUGUAUUAAAAAAAAGACAAAAAAACAAACAAACGCUAAAGGUUUGCAACAAAAAAGAUAAAAAGGGAAAAAAACUAAACAAAAAAUCAACAAAAAAAGAAACAAAAACCAAAACGUGUUUUUUUAAAAAAAUUGAUUCUAGACCAAAAAUGACCCUAUCUCCAUGUGCGGAGCUGAGUGGUGGGUGAAUGGCAUGGAGGGGAAACAGCCAAGAUAUAUAGGGCAAGCAAAGGGUGAUGGAAAGUUGGAAAGGUUGCUUAGAACCUGGAGAGAGGCGUUUCCUUUUUCAGAGAGUUGAAAGGGGAAUGACGAGUGGUGAUGUGGGCAUUCUUCCCUCUCUCUGCCUUCAAAAACCAGCCGGCUGUUUGACCAGAGGCAAUAGUGGGGCAAGUGAAACAGAGUGAUGUUGCCUGUCUCAAAUCACUUUCAACUCUUUUUUUAAAAACAACAACGACGACCGGCUCUCUCCAGUUUUAGGAGUUGGAUAUAUGGGAGGUUGUGAAUUUUGCAACUGCGGACUCAAGCCAGAGGGGUACCCCCACUUCUUCCCUCUCUCCCUCACCCCCAAAUUGGAGACUGUAAACGAGGCAGAGUUAUCGCUAGCUUGGGGAGGAAAAUUUUGUUUUGGUUGGUCCAGAGCAGGACUACCUGGGAUUCAUUUUCAGAUUUGGCCACUGGUCUUGUGGGGCAGGAUGCUUCGCUGUCUCCGUAGCCAUCCUUGCCUCUCUAGUCCACAUACCCCCCCCCCCAAUGGCUGGUAAGAGAAAACAGGCGUGAGAUGCCAGGCUGCCCUCUAUGAAAAGCCGCCACAUCUCUUUGUUCCGCCAACCUCCCGCGCUCCUAGGAGUUUCAGAACGAGGAAGGAAACAAGCUUUAAAGUACAGCUGUAAAACCAAAUAUUUGCUCACACGCCUCCGUGCCGGUGCCCGACCCAGGGUUGGGGGGGCACAAGGGAGGGGGGCAGGCUAGACCCCCUCCCUCCCCUCAUAGUGCCAAGACACCCACCAUAAGGCUCUUUGGAGAUAGCCCGCCAUAUACCUCAUAUACUUUAAUGAUAAACCAAAUAGAAAAGCUUUAUUAAGGGUGUGUGCCGGACGGGUCUGUUUGGGGCGGUGGGGAUCAGGGGCAGCAUCCUCUCCCACCCCCAGGAGGGAAAUCAGGAGGACGGCCAGGCCCC